AUGACCGUCCAUCUGGCCGUGUCUGUCUGGUUGGCCGUGCCUCUCCAAACAUCCAACUCUCCCUGCUCGCCAUGCCAUGCCAUGCCAUUCUACUUUCUUCUAACCACCUCUCCUGCCCUCUAA